AUGCCCGGGUCGGGCUGGAAACAACGCGUACCACUCACGAAGCUGCUGAGGCGGAGGGAUGUCCCGCGAGCGCUGCUGCUGCUGCCGCUGCGAGCGCUGGCCACCACCACCGCCGCUACGCUGCUGGGUACCACCUCGACCAGCUCCACCUCCUCCACCACCACCGCCUCCUCCGCUGCCGCCUCCACCGCCUCCACCUCCGCCGCCUCCACCACCGCCGCUGCCUCCACCACCACCGCUGGCACCACCACCACCGUCUCCGCCACUGCUGCCACCACCACCACCACUCCCGCCACCAGUCCCGCCGCCACCCCCUCUCCCUCCGCCGCCACCGCCGCCACCGCCACCGCUCCCUCCAGCUCCACCCGCGCCCUUGCCCCCCUUGCCCUUGCUGGAGCGACGUCUCCCACUAGGGGCAGACGCCGCGCCGACCGACUCAAGACCAAGCAGGUCGGCAGCAGCAGCAGAGGCAACAAAGGGCAGCAAGGGGGAAGGAGAGCACCCCUCAAAGAUGGGGGUGCGAGGGUCACCACGAGAAGCACCUACAGCGACUAUGCUCUUCUCCGCUGCGAGGAGGGCCUUCUCGAGGAGGUCGACGGCAGGGCAGGUCGUGCAGCUAUGCAGAAAGGCGGCUCAGCGACCGGGCGGCUCGGGUGCACAGCGGCUCGGCUCCCGGGCGGCUCGGCGGCUGGGCGGCUUGGGCGCAGGGCGGCUCGGCUCCCGGGCGGCUCGGCGGUAGGGCGGCUCGGGUGCAGGGCGGCUCGGCUCCCGGGCGGCUCGGCAGCAGGGCGGCUCGGGUCCCGGGCGGCUCGGCUCCCGGGCGAUUCGGCUGCUGGGGCGGCUCGGCCGGGAGAUGCAGGGGCGGGGCCGUCAGGUGCAGCGGCAGGUCGACCGGUGCAGUGGCGGGCCGGCAGGUGCAGCGGCGGGCCGGCAGGUGUAGCAGCGGACCGGCAGGUGAAGGCGGCGGGCCGUAGGUGCAGCGGCGGGGCCGUCAGAGGCGGCGGGCCGCUGGGUGCAGCGGCGAGCCGGCAGGUGCAACGGUGGGCCGGCAGGAGCAGCGGCGGGCCGGUAGGUGAGGCGGCGGGCCGGAGGGUGCAGCGGCGGGGCCGUCAGAGGCGGCGGGCCACUGGGUGCAGCGGCGGGGCCGUCAGAGGCGGCGGGCCACUGGGUGCAGCGGCGGGCCGGCAGGUGCAGCGGCGGGCCGGCAGGAGCAGCGGCGGGCCGGCAGGAGCAGCGGCGGGGCCGUCAGGUGAGGCGGCGGGCCGGCAGGAGCAGCGGCGGGGCCGUCAGAGGCGGCGGCGGGGCCGCUGCAGUGGAGGCAGCGGGGCCGCGUCAAGCAGGCGGCGGGGCCGCGAGGGAAAAGGCGACCCGAGGGGUCGCUAA